CUAUCAACAUAGAUAGACUUUGGAACACUGUCAAACAGUGAAAAAUAACCAAUGAAAUGAUACAAUAACUCAUCCAGCAGUAGCCCUUAACUAUAAAAGGGCUACCAAAUUCCACAUUUCUCUUCACUGCUCUCUUCUCCACAUUGCUUUUAGCUUCAACAUACCUUCCCUAAAAUGAUGAAGAAACAACUCUCUGUUUUUCUUCUUUUCCUUGUUUGCUCAGCCACAGCUCUAGCUUCUGUUGCUGCUUCUGAAGAAAAGCCAUCAAAUCGGCCAUGGUUACAAUGGUUCGGAGAAGCUCCACAACAUCAUCAUCAUCAUCAUCAUCCACCAAGUCAACCACCCAAAUGGGACCCUAAGGUUGUCAAGUGCUUGCAAGAUUUCCAUGUUGAAAAAAAGUGUGCUCGUCAGAUUUUAGCUUCUCUUUGGCAUCGCAAGGUUUCGGUUGGCCCUGAAUGCUGCAACAUUGUUAAUCAAUUGAGUGAAGAUUGUGCAGAAACUGUUUUUGCUGGCCUUACCCAUUCAUUUUUUACAUUUGUUUUGAAGCAAUAUUGUGCUCAUCAUAGAUCAGCUCCACCUCCUAAGGCUUGAUUGUUUUAGGAAUCAUCAUGAUUAGGGUUUCUUUAGCUUUAUGUUUUAGGGAUGCUUAGGAGGAUGAAUUUGCUUGAUUAUUCUACAGAUCAUUAGGGAUUUGCUUGCCUUAGGCUGCAAUCCUAUUAUAUUGAUAAUUAUAAUAAUAAAGAUUUUUUUUAAUAUAA